AUGGGUCGUUCUCCGCCAUGGUUUUCACAAGCAGUUGGGCUGGAUUUACUUGAGUAUCUUUUCAGGAAUACGAGUUGGGGGGCCAUUAUGGAGAUCUUGAGCACGAAGAACCCAAACAAUGCAAAUUACAAAGAAUGGGCAGUGAUUUUGCAAUCUGUUGGACUAUCCCCACUGCUUCUGUCAACACUGGGUCUGUUAAAACGAGUGUUUGACGAAACAUCGCAACAUGUGCCAUCAAGUCCAGGCUCCAAGGGCAACAUCCUGUUGCAAGGAUUCGCAUCAUCUAGCAUUACUGGCAAACUGAUGAACAUAUAUUCGAAGAGGGCCACAGCUACGUCAAGACGCAGCAAGGCUGUUCAACUCUUGCAUCUCCCUGCGCUUAUUGCUCUGAUCCUCGCUAUCAGCGGUGGAACCGAUCAGGCCUCCUCAAAUAUCUCGGACCAUGCUAGUGGUAAAACCAAGACCCGUGUUGCGGUCAUCCUCUUCCUAGCCAUCUAUGUUGCGGCCUGCGCAUUAUGGACCAUCACAGUGCGGGAUAUCAGCCUCAUGGUACCGAGUCAAAACCGAAUCUUCUUCUGUGUAUUCAUCGCACUGCCUUUCAUAGCGAUCCGGAUUCUCUACAGUCUGAUCAGUGACUUUGGGAACAAUCAUCAAUUUUCGCUGGUCGACGGUGACGCCAGGAUUCAACUGGUAAUGGCCACCCUGGAAGAAUUUGUCGUUGUUUUGAUGUACACGAUCUUGGGUGUGAUUACCCCAAAGUCGGUCACAAAUUCUGGCAUAACCGAUUCCCGUCAACAAGAGAUUUAUCAUGCGACCGAUGAUACUGAAGAUGGCCGUCAUCAUAGACAUGCUGAUCGCCCUCCAUAUGAAGGAGUCACAUAUGCCCAGGCGGCGGCUCAAGACGCCUAUAAUCAACAAUAUGUGCGACGGUAA